AUGCCAGGAUCUCCCAGCUCUUGUUGCCUGCCCGCCCUGCUGCUGGCGGUGAUGGUACAUCUCAGCAGUCAGACCCAAUACUUGAGCUCCUCCGAGGACAUUUGCCGCUUUUUCGCCAAUGGAACAAAGCUACGAAAGCCAGGCGGUUGCAACGAGUGGAUUGUCUGCCGGAACUCCGUAAGCAUCCACGGAGGAGUUUGUGGCGUUGAGACUCCUUAUUUCAACCUAAAGAGUGGUGCCUGUUCUAAGACCUUGGAUAGCACCUACUGCAAUCCACCGUGCAGUUCGUCUACGCAGGGCUAUGUGGGUGACACCCUCAAUUGCUCAAACUGGUAUUAUUGUGAAAGGGAGAAAGUGCGUACCAGCGGAAGAUGCGAUGGGGGCCUAAGCUUCGAUCAAACCCAGCAAAAGUGUCUGGCCAACACAACCUGUGGAGCUAGGUUCGAAAUGUGCGACGUGGUACCAACGGGAGUGCCAUUCCGUGACGAAAAGAACUGCAACAAGUUUUUUACAUGCAAGAACUAUAAGCUUGUGUCGAACACCUGCGAACCCGGCAAGUACUACGACACGGCCUCGGGGCAAUGUCUGGCCCUGAAGCACGUGGCUUGUGAGCAUCAUCCGGUUCCGGAGAAUGUGUGCGGCACCCCAGAGGUACCUCUGAGGAACAAGCUCGUCGCGGAUGGAGCCACUUGCCGUGGUUACUACUACUGUCAUGAUGUCGGCUCUGUCGGACCAGACCCCCGACCCACCAGGCAAUUCUGCGGAGCGGAUUACUUCUUCAGCCAGGAACAUCAGGAGUGUGUGCCGCGGGAGAGUCAGAAGUGUCCUUGGGAUCGAUGCGAUGGACGCACUGAGGGCUACGAGAUUGCCGAAGUGGAGGGGUGUCACAACUACUACAGGUGCUUGGACAAUAAGGAGAGCGAACUGCUCAGUUGCGGCGAAGGGUAUUUCGAUGCCGUGACCCAGAACUGCACAUCCAUCCGCACCGCCUACAGGGCAUGCAUCAAUAAAGUCCAAUAA